GUCUCUCUGCAUAGAGAACAGAACUGGUACUCAAACCAUGCUGCAGUCCAGGGCAUUGGUGAUAGCUCUGAUUCUGCUCCUUAGCACCACUCUCCCUGAAGUGCAGUCAAAGUCCAUCUUUGAGAGAGACCGUCGUGACUUGCUGGCCAUCCCUGAGACUGUUGCAUCUUACUUCUAUGAAGCUGUGAACAAAGUGUCCCCCAAAGUCAGUCAGUUCCUGCUGGAUACUGUCCAGAGCCCAACAGUUAUUGCGGCCAGACAGAGAAUCGCCAAAGAAGCAACUAAAGUCAGUAUAAUGUUUGAACAGCUGAUUGAAAAAAUAAAGAACCUGUGGUACACAAAAGUCCUAGGCUAUUAGCCAAAUGAAGACAAGUCAGUGUUUCCUGAUGUGAGUGUGUAACACCCUGCAGCGUCCUUUUUCCCCCUGCCCCUCCUACGGACCAAGAUCAGUCAAUAAGACAGAAUCGAUGCUCCUCUUAAUGCCACUAGAGGGAACCCACCUUCAAAGACCAAAAGAUGGAAGGCGUCUGCUGAAGGCAUCUGCUGAAGCUUCCCCGGAAAAAAAAAAAAUCAAGCAGCUGAGUAUGGGGAAGGCAAUAUAGAGAUUGUAGAGCUCUUCUGUAGCCAAAUCUUGAAAAUUAAUUCCUCCUGAAUGGCUUGGCCAUUGCCCCUCUAAUAAAAAAAAUGUUGGUUGUUA